UAUUGAAAAAAAUAAAUGUUAUUAAAGUUUAAUAUCAAAAUGUCUACGUACAAAUUGACUUACUUCCCAGUUAAAGGAUUGGGUGAACCAAUUCGUUUUCUCUUAAGCUAUGCUGGAAUUUCAUUUGAAGAUGAGCGUUUUGAUAGAGAUGACUGGCCAAAAAUAAAGCCUACUACUCCUUUUGGCCAAGUUCCUGUACUUGAUGUUGAUGGGAAAAAAGUAGCUCAGUCAGUAGCUAUUUCUCGUUAUUUGGCAAAAAAAUCUGGUUUAGCUGGAAAGGAUGAUUGGGAAGCUUUAGAAAUUGAUAGUAUUGUUGAUACUAUUCAUGAUGUUCGUGCAAGACUUGCUGCCUUCCACUAUGAAGAAAAUGAGGAAAUUAAAGCUGCGAAACGCAAGAUUGCUGAUGAAGUAGUACCAUAUUAUCUGGAACGUUUAGAUGCUCAAGUGAAGAAUAAUGGUGGCUACUUUGUUGGGGGUGCUCUUUCUUGGGCUGAUUUAUCAUUUGUUGCUUUGCUCGACUAUUUAAAUUUCAUGAAUGGAUCCGAUCUCAUCGAGAAAUAUGACAAUCUGAAGCAAUUGAAAGAAAAAGUUCUCAAUUUACCUGCUAUUAAAAGUUGGCUUGAUAAACGUCCACAUUCUGAUUUUACUGUCUUGUUUGUUACAUCAAUACGUUCCACGCAUAUCUUCAAAAUGUCCACGUAUAAAUUGAUUUAUUUCAAUAUUCCUGGUCUUGCUGAACCGAUUAGAUUCCUUCUUCAUCAAAGUGGAAUUAAAUUUGAAGAUAAAAGAAUUGAUACCGAAGAAUGGCCCAAGAUUAAAUCUGAAAUGCCACUUGGACAAGUACCUAUUUUGGAAAUCGAUGGUAAAGUUUAUUAUCAAUCGAAGGCUAUUUCUCGCUUGAUCGCUAAGAGAAAUAAUUUUUACGGUUCCAAUGAUGAAGAAGCUUUCCUUGUUGAUGCUACUGUUGAGACUAUAGACGAUUUAAGACAACCAAUUACUCAACAUUAUUGGGAAAAGGACCCUGCAUUCAAGGCAAAAUUGAAAACCAAUGUUGAUACCAAAGUUCCCUUGCUUCUCAACAAAUUGGAAGAACAAGUAAAGAAAAAUAAAGGGUACUUUGUUAAUGGAAAGUUGACAUGGGCAGAUCUUUUCUACACAGCAAUAGAGGAAUCUUUGACCGACAUGCUUGGAUACGAUUUGAAUAAGGACCAUCCUGAAUUGAAGAAAUUGUCUGAGAAAGUAAAAUCAUUACCUAACAUCAAAACAUAUUUGAAGAAUCGACCCAAACCUAUGGUCAUACCUUAAAAUGUUAUAAUUUUUUGCAUAUAUUAUUGCUAUAUGAAAAAAUUAUAAUUAAAUUAUGGUAUUCUUAAG